CUAGAUAGCACAACAGCAACACUUCAUAACACGCUAACCGCUUUCAGUCAAGAUCAUGUCCUCCACGUUUGAGGCUCUCAUAGCGGACCUCACGAGGGACGCGACAAGGGUCCAGCCAAAAGACGCUCUCCAGUUCUGCUCGUCCUGGUUCCAAUCCCGUCUCGAAGAGCAACGAGCUCGCCUUCGUGAUACACUCGCCCGUCAUCCUUCACUCCCUAUCGACCAUCUCGUCGACAUCCCCAUCAGCAGCAGCCUCAGCAAUGGCUCUCUCCUCUCCAAUCCUCACGGCAACGCCAUAUUCACCGACCCCUUCGAAGCCACCCGGCGAGCGUCUGUGCAACACGAUCCUAUCGCACCGAACACUUAUAGUGCUCGCAGUGUGACCGGACGACCUAUGUUCUCGAGCGAUGGCAUGCCCGACCCCACCACCGUCGUCGACGGGCCACUCCCAGCGUUCCAAUUCGACGACGACCCCUUCCCGCCACACGAUCGUGCUACACCAAUGCAACCACCAGGUCCAGGUUCCUACCUCGCUCCUGCUGGCAUCUUCGGUCGUCGUACGUCCAUCAGCGCAGAGCCAAUUGAUGUCGACACCCCGUCAGGCAGCCCGCUCCCCGUCUUCCCAAAGACGGACGAGCAACUCUCACGGAUCAGAGCCUCCAUCCUUUCGAGACCGAACAUUCUGUUUAGUGAGCUGGACGAAGAACAGGAGAGGGGAGCAUUCGAUGCCAUGCGCGAGGUGCAUGUCCCGAAGGGAGAGGUCAUCAUAUUGCAGGGCGAGAUGGGCGAAUGGUUCUACGUCGUCGAGUCUGGUCUCUUCCAUUGCUUCGUCCACCCCGAACCUCUGCCCGCCAACUUCGAUCGAAGACCUCGCAAGAUUGACGUGGACAAUGCAGACAUGUCCACGUUAUUUGGGCCGCCGGUGGAGGUGGUGUACGAGCCUGGGGGUUCGUUCGGAGAGCUGGCAUUGAUGUACGGUGCACCCCGGGCGGCGAGCUUGGUGGCGAUGGAGGACUCCACGGUCUGGUCACUCGACCGGGUUACCUUCCGGACCAUCAUCCUGAAGGCUGCCCAUCGCAGACGGACGAUGUACGAGCAGUUCCUGUCCUCGGUACCGCUGCUUUCGUCUCUAUCGGACACGGAACGGAGCAAGGUUGCGGAUGCUUUGGUUAGCGAGAUAUACCAGGACGGAGAACCGGUGGUGAGGGAAGGAGAAAUGGGCCACACGUUCUUCUUUGUCGAGGAAGGGGCUGCUGUUGUCACGAAGGUUCAGCAGGAUGGGGAAGAUGGGGAGGUGAGACAUGUUGAAGUCGGGACGCUUGCCCGAGGAGAGUACUUUGGAGAACUGGCUCUUUUAAAGCUCGCACCGCGUGCGGCGACGGUGAGCGCCGUGUAUCGAGAGGAUCAGACUUUGCCGAAGUUAAAGGUUGCGGCGUUGGACGCGCAGGCCUUCACUCGCUUGCUGGGACCAUUGCGGGAUAUGAUGGAGCGUCACGCUGGACAACGCUACUGAGAAGUUGAUGUAUUGCAUACCAUUGUCCGUAUUUCCCCCGCUACUGUAGCCGUUCUGUUUUUCUUUUUAUUCUUGGAGAAUCC